AUUUUACUCUUUUAGUACAGUACUUUAACUUAAAAUAUACGUUAGUCUUUUCAUUUAUUUUGUUCCGGUUUACGAUGAGUUUAGUGUAUGAGUGAUAAGUCGCUACUUCAUUCGAGUUGUAUUCUUAAUUUUACCUUGAUUUUUGCUGCUUGUGUUGCUUAAAAUCAUAAUCUGAUGUUUGCACAACUUCAAAGGAAAACGUUUAAGGAUUUCUGAGUUCUCCAGUACUUGUGCUCCCAGUCGGGAUUUAGAGACGGAAUCUUGCUGCAGUCUGCAGAACCAGUAAUACCGCGUGAAAUUCCCCGUUAGAAUGAUAAGCGAUCCUAAAGGAUAUCUGAAAGCGAUUUUACAGAAUGGCCUUGGUCGAUACGUGUGCCAGCUGCAGAGGUUAACUUUCCGAUUCUGCAAAGAACAGGGAGCGAGUCGUGGAAUGAGAGAUUUCAUCGAGUACGACUUACUAGACUUUGCGCGGCGUAAUCCGGGAAUCGUAGUUUAUCUGCAGCCCAAGCGACAUCAAUUUCCGAGAUUGCACGCGGAAUAUCUGAACGGUCGGAAAGAAGAUUUGACUGCCCCGAAUUACAGUCGGGAGGAAAUCAUGAAAUGGGUGGAUUACAUGCGUUGCCGUUCAGGAUUUGAGAUUGUCAGAUUUAUUAAAGACCAGACAACUCACCAUCCCUCCAUUCAAGGCCCGUGGCAUCCCUUUACUAACCAACCGACCGAUUGGAAUUUGCUAACGUUUCCCAACAAUGAGCACUUCCGAAAACCCACCGGGACCAAGACCGCCACAGAACUUGUCUUGGAGAUUGCUGAAAAAGGCGGCUUGGACAAUGUUAAAGUCGCCAAUCCGGACGAAGAACGAAUCGAGACUUCGAUGAAGGUGCCGGCUGUAUAAUACGGCGCCGUUUCUAUCGUCUUUUUGUUGUUUACGUGCUAACUUUGUAAGUAUAACGAGCAGAUUGUAUAAUGUACAAUGCAAUUGAAUGAUUUUUGUGUCCAGUUAUAAAUUGGAUUGAUGAAUGCUUUCACAUUAAUUACUAACUCCUGGUUACUGAGUGCUAAGUAAGCACUCAAAUAAAAGUGAAAAGCUUAA